AUGGGAGUUCAUCGCCAGACAUUUUAUUUUCCUUCUCAACGUUUAUUUCUUCCUUUUAAUCAGGAUACUCUUCAUUCUGAAUGUUUACGUCGAAAUGCAGAUAUUCAUUCACUUAUUUCACAAUUGGGACAAUUACAACGUUCCCAACUCGAACAAAUCCAGACAAUUCCACUCAAUACAGAAAAGGAAGCUAGAAGUCAUUUUGUGGGAAUGAGAGAAAAGCUUAAUUCUUAUUCAACUGAAGUGGCAAAGCAAAUAGCUGAGGCGGAUAGGUUAUGUGUUGAGUGUGCUGAUUCACUUAGUCCUGAACAGUUUCACCUUCUUAAGGAAAAUCGUCAUUGUUUACAACAUACAUUUGAACGUUUGGAACGGCAAGCUGAUGCUAUACUUGCACGUUUAGAUUUAGCAACCGCCCUUUUGUUAGAAUUUACAUCACGUGCAAGCUCAUUUCAAUCUUGGGUUUUCGAACAUGGAAGGCAAUUGGAUUCGUUGAGAGCAGAAUCGGGCGAUCCAGAAAAACUAGAUAACAUAAGAAGAGCAUUUGAAGAUUUGAAUGAAAUAAUUUUGUCUAAAAGACCAGAGUUAAACUCAAUUGAACAGUUGGCCCAAAGAAUUGAAGUUGAAAUAGCUGCUUAUGUUGAUGAAAUAAAUGACCGGGGAGGCGGUAUGUCUUCACCUAUUUGUGAAGGUAUAGCAUUGGUCACAACAACACAGCUGUUACAACAACACCAAGUCCGUGAAACUGUUUUGAGGGCGCAAGAAGAUUAUGAGUCAUUAUUAUCUGCAAAACAAGAAUUAGAUCAAUUAUUACAAGGAUUAUCUAGUAAUUCAAUGCAAUAUCAACAAAGACUUGCAGAAUGGUUAAGCCAUGCUGAGAAACAAAUAUUACUUUUUAAUGAUUUACCGAUUCAUCCAAAAGAAUUAACAGAACAAAGCGAAGAAUUAGCUGAUUUUGUAAACGAAAUUUCAAUGCAAGCUCCAUUAUUAGGUAAGAGAAAAAUACAUAUUAAAGGGUAA